UGUGCAAAAACUCUGUGGUAAAUGUUAAAGAGGAGCUUGUCUGGGCUCCAGUAUUAUAUUUCAAUGUUUUAAAAAGCGAGUAUGUACACUUCCUUAAACUCUAAUAUCAAGAAGAUUUGAAAAAGUUAUUUUCUUAAUUUUGACUAUACGAAAAAAAAGGAACAUUUAUGACAGUUUACAUAUAUAAAUUAAACUAAAAACUAGUAUUUUUCAUAUGGAUCCCACGAUUGGUUGGCAUCAACCAGAACAAUUCGGUCCUGCAAAAGAUUUGUGGUUACAUAUUUGGGAAGCUGAAAAGGGCUUAGAUAUAUUAACAUCUAAGCUCGACAUUUCGUGUGCAAUGGGCAAUAAAAUUCAGCAGGACAAUUCAUUGACCGACAACUACAAUCGACUUAGUGAAGAUAGAAUUAAUCGUCUCCCCCACAAUAGUUGUAAUAACUAUUACAAUCCUUCUAGAAGGAAAAACGAUAAUCGUGCUAGUACUUACGGAAUGAACUAUAAUUAUAAUGCUUUAGUUGGUGCAUAUGGUGGAUGUCCCUGGCGAAUUCCAAACAAACAUUAUUCCAAAGGUGUUAUAGGACUACAUGAAGAAAUUGAAGAUUUCUUCGCUUAUAUGUGUCCGUCAACAGAAGAGCAUAAUUUACGACUGCGUGUAGUUAAAAGAAUAGAACAAAUUAUUAAUGAAUUGUGGCCCGAUUCCAAAGUAGAAGUAUUUGGAAGUUUUAGGACUGGAUUAUAUUUGCCAACGAGUGAUAUCGAUCUGGUCGUAAUUGGAAACUGGUCUAAUUUACCACUUCGAACAUUAGAACGUGCUUUAUUAGAUCAAAAUAUUGCUGAACCCUCGUCUAUUAAAGUAUUAGAUAAGGCUAGCGUUCCUAUUGUUAAACUUACCGAUAAAGAAACUGAAAUCAAAGUUGACAUCAGUUUUAAUAUGAAUAGUGGGGUUAAAUCGGCAGAAUUGAUCAAGUCAUUUAAACGACAAUUUCCAGUUUUGGAUAAAUUAGUCAUGGUACUCAAACAGUUUUUACUGCAACGUGACCUUAAUGAAGUUUUUACUGGCGGUAUUUCAUCUUAUAGUUUAAUUCUUAUGACUAUAAGUUUUUUGCAGUUGCAUCCAAGACAAAACGCACAUAGUUCAAAUGCGAAUUUAGGAGUAUUAUUAAUUGAAUUUUUGGAAUUGUACGGCAGAAAAUUUAAUUAUGUAAAGACUGGAAUCCGAAUUAAAAGCGGUGGUACUUACAUAUCUAAAGAAGAGGUUCAACGAGAAAUGAAAGAUGGCCAUCGUCCUUCAUUACUUUGCAUAGAGGAUCCAUUAACACCGGGCAAUGAUAUUGGUCGAAGUAGUUAUGGUGCAUUGUAUGUGAAAGAUGCUUUUGACUGGGCAUACUUUGUUCUCUCUCAAGCUGUUAGUCCUCUCAACAUACUUGUAAAUGACGCAAAUAAAGUUAGUAUUUUGGGACGGAUAAUUAGAGUAACUGACGAGGUGAUAGACUAUCGUAAAUGGAUCAAAGAAACAUUCCCAUUGACAGUAAAUGAAAUGGAUUCUCUCUCGAGUUCAACUGGCUCAGAUGCAUCGACCCUCUCGGCACCUGCUAGUGAUACGGAUUCUGAAAGCAGCCGUGAAAAUUCUCCUAAUGUUGGAAAAAAGACUGAAAAUGAAUAUAAAAACGGAAACACGGACGAUGCACAUCUUUCAAAUACACAUGCUCAAUGGAAAAAGUCAUAUAAACCUACAACACAUAGAUCUAGAUCUUCGACUCUUCGAAAAAGGAGUGCUUUAACUGAAAACACCGAGGUUCCAUCAUUUUCGCCAUCAUCGUUCCCAUAACGACCUUUUCGAUUAUCCUUAAAUAAAGGUUCGAAAAAAUUUUACUCUCAGGAUUGAGACGGAGCUGUAGUACUAACUACUACAUGUGAAAGAAUUAUACUUUUCUGCCAAAAGUCUAAUAAUAAAAACAAUAAAAAAAAAAAAACAAAAACUAUAAAAAAUAAGUAAAAAAAAUAAGCUUUGUACAUAAUAUGCAACACAUGCUGCUUUAUCGCAUGUAAAGAGUAUUACGAGUAUAUUAUUCAGAUGACUUAAGUAUAAAAUACAAAUAAAAAGUUUUUGGCUAUUCAGAA